UCCACAGAGGAGAGAGAGAGACUGAGAACAGCAAGAGUGGAGGACAGAGGCAACACUGAUAACAGCAAGAGAUCAAGAAAUAAUUGAGAGAGGAAUCAGAGAGGGGGAAAAACCAAACCAGAGGCAUCCCGGAGAAACUGGGAGUCAGUAAAAGGUUUAUAAGAAGAAAUCCAGGUGAAAAAGAAUAUUAGAGAGAAUAGAAGAAAGAGAACUUCCAGGUGGUGAAAGAAAGAAAGUCUUUUAAACUAAAUAUUUACAGAGAGUCUUACCUGCCUGAGUAGAAGGAUACCCACCAGCAUGUUCCUCCUCCUGUCUAUGUGCAUGUGCGCAACUCCUGUUGGAGGUGCAGCACAGGACCGAGCCAGCCUGGAGGGGAAUGACCGUAGCGGGCGUUGCCACUACACCUUCUCGGUGCCCAGCCCGACUGAGGCCAGCUGCCCUCAAAGUGGAGGCCCCGAAGUGGAAGGCCUAAAGGCCAGACUCGGCCUGCUGGAGGUGCUUGUGUCCAGGCUGACAGGAGGGGAGAUGGGGGUUCCUGGAGCUGGAGCCGGGACUGUGAGCCAGAACGCCCAGUCAUCCCAGCUGCAGCAGGCUCUGAACCAGGCGGUGGGAGAGAGGAACCUGCUGCAGGGGGAGAAAGAGCGUCUAGAGAGGGAGCUGGAGGGACUGCAGCGGAGGAUGGAGGAGAUGAGGAGGGAGACAGAGAGGCUGAGGAACAGACCCUGUCCACCACAGACCCCGAUGGUGCCACCCAGCAGCCCACUGCAGGACAGUAGCCUCAUGAGACCUGCAGGAGGAUCCAGUUCUAUGUCUCAUCUGAUGGCCAGGCCCAAUCGACAGGGAGACACCAGCAGUUUGACAGACCCUUCAUGGCAGUAUGGACCACCAGGAUUUCAAGAGCUAAAGGCUGAGGUGACAGAGGUACCUGCUCCUGAUGGCCCGGAGGACAACACAGGCUGCGGGGAGCUGGUUUCAGUGGGAGAGCCAGUCACUCACAGGAAGGCUGACACUAUAGCUGGUAAAUACGGCGUUUGGAUGCAGGACCCUGAGGCCGUAUCCCCUUAUGGCCCUGGCAUGGUGUGGCGCAUUGACACUGUGGGCUCUGAGGUACGGCAGCUCUUUGGAUAUGAGGACAUGGAGCAACUCUCUAAAGGCUUUCCAUCCAAGGUGCUGCUGUUGCCAGAGGCCGUAGAAAGCACUGGUGCCACGAUGUACAGAGGCUCCCUGUACUACCAGAGGCGUCGCAGCCGCACCAUCAUCCGCUAUGACCUGUCGUCUGAGACCAUCGCAGCCCGUCGUGAGCUGCCCCAUGCUGGCUUCCACGGCCAGUUCCCCUACUCCUGGGGAGGCUACACUGACAUCGACCUGGCGGUGGACGAGCAGGGGCUGUGGGCCGUCUACUCUACCAAUAAGGCCAAGGGAGCCAUCGUCAUCUCCCAGCUGGACCCGCACAGCCUGGAGGUGAAGAGGAGCUGGGAGACCAACAUCAGGAAGAACUCUGUGGCCAACUCCUUCAUCAUCUGUGGCAGGCUGUACACCGUGGCCAGCUACACAGCACCCAAUACCACUAUCAACUAUGUGUACGACACUGCAAGCAGUGAGGGCAAGGCCGUGGCCAUACCCUUCAGAAACAAGUUCCGCUACAACAGCAUGAUCGACUACAACCCGGCUCAGAGGAAGCUCCUCGCCUGGGACAACUUCCACAUCGUGUCCUAUGCGGUCAGGCUGGGCCGCCAGCAGCCCAACUGAGGCCGAAAGGGUUUGAGAGACACUAAAAUGUGAUGGAUCAGAUGCACCCUAAAUCACUGUGGUCAAAGUGACAUUCUCUCACCUGUUCCUGCUUCAAAGACUCAGAGCUUCAGAGCAUAACCGUGUGGUAGUAGUGGUUAGAGUACGAGACGCCAUCAUUACCCAUCUGUAGAAGAGCCUAACUACCAAACUCCAGAGUGAGAAAGAUUUCUAAGUAACGGCGCCCCUUGCAGGUCUGUUCUUGUUUCCAGUGGGAGGCCUUUCGCUGUGGCACGGUCCACAAACAUAUUUCUAGAGGACUUAUUUUUCUACUGUUUAUGUCAGAUGUAUGAUUUUGUUAUUUUCUUGUUUAACUAUAAAUUUGAUGUCAAUACAUAAUUAAGUUUCACUGGAAAAAUGGAGUAAAAAAAAUGUAUAUAAUCCACAAUGCCAUCAAGGCCACUUAAUCUGUGGUACUAAGCUUCCUACAGUGUUCCACUGGUGAAUAAGUUUAUGAAAUAUAUUUCUCUCUCACUCAGCAUGUAUUUAAACGUUGCAUGCACCUGUUCAUUGUAGUCAUCACAUGGAAACGUUCAAAUUCAUCAUGAAAUAAACUUG